AUGGACGACGACUGCGAGGCAAGCCUUUCUGAGGACCUCUACAAGGAGCGAAGCCUGAAGAAACUCAUCCAGAAAUUCAAGCUCUGUUCAUCGUCAGACCAUUUUCGCAACAAGAAUGGCAUUUAUGAGUCCACGGUCCACCGCCCGAAUUCCACCAAACGCUUCAAAUGGAUUGAAGAAAUUCUCAAACAUCAGAAGCAAUUCAAACAUGAUAUUUCCAAGGAGAACUUCUCUAUCAGGCUUGUCAAAUUGUAUGGACAAUCAGACAUGUUUGAGAAUGUGAAAAAAGUGUUCAAUGAAAUGUCUGAGAGGAAUUGUGAAAGGAGCGUGAAGAGUGUGAAUGCCCUUUUGCUAGCUUGUGUGAAUUCGAGGAAACUUGAGGCUAAGAUGGUUGUUCACAUGGGGAGUCAAACGAUUACUGCCAUUAUAAGUUGGAGUUGCCACACAAGUUCAACUUGGCACUUAAAUGCUCAAAAUAGAAUCACAGAAUUGGGGAGAAAUUCGCCUGCAGCUAUUGAUGAUUCAUUACUCCGAAACCUGUUACCACAUGGUUGGCUGCCAGGGUGGUGUGAAAACCAACAAUCUGAUUUGCAAUUAUAUUUGUCUAAGAAUGUUGCCUACAGAAGCAAAUGCCAAUCUCAUUAG